AUGGUUCAUUCUCUCUAUGGCAGUAACAGUUCAAUUCAAGAACUGAAAACCAAAAACUGCCCAAAACUCCUCUUUCUUUUAUCUUGUCAAAGAGGUGAGCCAAUCGAUACCUCUAGCUCAAAAGCAAAGAAAGAAGUCAAGCAAGGCAAGCAGCUGGUGAGGCAACUCUUUGGCAGUAUAGAGAAGUUUGGGAAGGGAUUGAAGGAUGAUUUGAGCCCUAAGCAGAAGGGUGAUUGGAAAGACGUGAUGCUGAUGAGUUUGUCAUUUGCUGUCUAUGUGUACAUAUCACAAAAGAUUGUUUGUGCAUAUUGUGCUUGGAUGUCCAUGCUCAAGACAUCUGCAAAGCGAAACACCUUGUACGAUGAUCACUCAAAACUCAAACCACCACUGGUGCGACAAUCUGCUCUCAAAUAG